CUCCUGAAGUCCAGCGCCCGGGGCUGCAGCUCAGGGGCUCCGGUGACGCAGCCCCGUCCCGGGGAGCCCUCGAGACCCGCCAGGGAGAGGCUUGGACCAGUUCACCUUGUCCGGGAGCACAGGGCAUGGGAAUCUGUAAGAGAAUCUUAGAGAUGCCGAGGGAAGUCUAUGACCGAGGUGGGCCAGACAUCUUCCCUAAUGGAUUUAGCUCAAUUCAGGGGCUGUCCAUGAGGCUCCAGUUCCUCCAGAAGCACCCAGCUCCCUUCUCUGCCUUCCUCACGGACAGCUUUGGACGGCAGCACAGUUACCUGCGGAUCUCUCUCACGGAGAAGUGCAACCUCCGAUGCCGGUAUUGCAUGCCUGAGGAGGGUGUGUCCCUGACCCCCAAGGCUGACCUACUGACCACAGAGGAGAUCCUGACACUUGCUCGGCUCUUUGUGAAGGAAGGCGUGGAUAAGAUCCGUCUCACAGGUGGAGAGCCUCUCAUCCGGCCGGAUGUGGUGGACAUUGUGGCACAACUUCAUCGGCUAGAAGGGCUGAGAACCAUUGGUGUCACCACCAACGGCAUCAACCUAGCCCGGCUGCUGCCCCAGCUCCAGCAGGCAGGGCUCAACGCUGUUAACAUCAGCUUGGACACUCUGGUUCCUGCCAAGUUUGAGUUCAUCGUCCGCAGAAAAGGCUUCCACAAAGUCAUGGAGGGUAUCCACAAAGCCAUUGAGCUGGGUUACAAGCCUGUGAAGGUGAACUGUGUGGUGAUGCGGGGCCUGAAUGAGGAUGAGCUUCUGGACUUCGUGGCCUUGACAGAGGGUCUUCCCCUGGAUGUGCGCUUUAUUGAGUACAUGCCCUUUGAUGGCAACAAGUGGAACUUCAGGAAGAUGGUUAGCUACAAGGAGAUGCUGGACGCCAUUCAGCAGCAGUGGCCAGGGCUGGAGAAGCUGCCAGAGGAGGACUCCAGCACAGCCAAGGCCUUUAAGAUCCCCGGCUUCCAGGGCCAGAUCAGCUUCAUCACAUCCAUGUCAGAGCAUUUCUGUGGGACCUGCAACCGGCUGCGCAUCACCGCCGAUGGGAACCUCAAGGUCUGCCUCUUCGGGAACUCUGAGGUGUCCCUGCGGGACCACCUGCGGGCAGGAGCCUCUGAGGAGGAGCUUCUGAGAAUCAUCGGGGCAGCAGUAGGUAGGAAGAAGCGGCAGCAUGCAGGCAUGUUCAAUAUUGCCCAGAUGAAGAACCGGCCCAUGAUCCUCAUCGAGCUGUUUUUGGUGCUUCAAGAUUCCCCACCAGCUAGUUGGAGCACUUUCUCCCGGGAUCCCCUCUGUGUUUGGAAUCUGAGUGCCAGAGAGAAUCUCUCUGGCCAGAUGACAACUUUGCAGAAGAGACUCCAUGUCCCCAUGACCCUUCCUCUGUCUCAGCAGUGUCUGGGGUCUGGCUCCCCUCAGAGACGCUACAGCUGCUACCCCAACUCGAACACUCACUCAAAGUGCCUCAGCAUAGGGUCCCAGGAUCCUGCUGUCCCCUCAGGUCCAGGGCCAACCUCAACUCAGCUAACUCAUGUGGAUUCAGAAGGACGGGCAGCUAUGGUAGAUGUGGGCGGGAAGCCAGACACAGAGCGGGUGGCCGUGGCCUCUGCUCUGGUCCUUCUUGGACCCGUGGCCUUCAAGCUUGUCCAGCAGAACCAGCUGAAGAAGGGAGAUGCCCUGGCCGUGGCGCAGCUGGCUGGAGUCCAGGCAGCCAAGGUAACCAGUCAGCUGAUCCCCCUGUGCCACCACGUGGCCCUGAGCCAUGUGCAGCUGCAUCUGGAGCUGGACGGUACACGCAAUGCCAUGCUGAUCCAGGCAUCCUGCCGGGCCCGGGGCCCCACCGGGGUGGAGAUGGAGGCACUGACCUCGGCGGCCGUGGCUGCCCUUACCCUGUAUGACAUGUGUAAGGCAGUCAGCAGGGACAUCGUGGUGGCGGAGGUCAAGCUCCUCAGCAAGACCGGAGGUCAGCGGGGGGACUUCCACCGGGCUUAAGAGUACCCACUCACUCUCCAGCCAUGUCUCCCAAUGGGGUGCAGUUUGGGCCGAGGAAAAGAUGUCACAUUCCUCUAAAUCUAGUCACUGACUAAGGUCACCCUGUCUCUUUACCAUUGAGAUUUAUCAUAACCCGGGAGAUGUCCUCAACAUAAGACACCUCUGGCCUUGACACCUCCCAGGACCCCAGCAAUGGAAGGCUUGGUACUGGACCCCCACGUCAGUCAUAUUAUAUGGAUUGUUUCAGAUGGACAGCUUACUUAGGGUUCUCUCUUCUCUCUUCCUGGGGAGAUAUAAGGGCUCAUUAAGCAGAGAACCCCACUUAGAGGAAGGAAAAGCAUAAACUUCCUAAAGAAUGUAUCCCAGUGUCCCCACUCCCUGGCCUCCGCUCUCUCGUCCAAUGGGAUGAACUUAUGGACUACACCCCUAAGAACUCGUGCUGACCCUUACCCACACCUGGUUCUGCUCACACCUGUCUGCUCUGGCACAUAUCCGAGAAAGAAGAGUCGAAGGUGACCUUCGCCCUUACAACGCACAAAUAAAGCCAUGGUGCCAGCUCUGGA